AUGACAAGGGAUCCAAAAGGCAACGUUGAACAACCUGUGAGCUCCGAUGGAGUCGAGGCUGAGGAGGCUUUGCCAGUUGUUGGGGGAUUGGAUUUUGAUCAAUACAUUUGCGGUGGUCUUGGCCGACACCUAGGAACCUUCUUAACCAUUUUCUUGAUCUUCUGUCGCAUCAUUGGGACCGGUAUUCUUUCUACUCCGUCAUCCGUUACAGGCAGUGCUGGAAGUUUCAAGCGAUCUUACUGCCUCCGGUUGUACUGUUUCGCAUUCAAUAUCGUCAUCGCGGCAGGAGAGAAGGCUUCUGAGUGUGAGGAGCGAGAGAUUGCACUUGCAGUGGUUAUAUCCAUUAAUUUGCUUCAGACGUUUCUUCCUAGCCGGGGAGUGAGAGAAAUAAACGCCGUCAAAGUCACCCUGCUCUUGUUUAUCAUUGUGACUGGCUGGAUUGCACUCAGUGGCCGGGUGUUGAUCGUGAAGGAUCCUUACGCAAGUUUACACAACUCGUUCGCGGGCUCGGCCACAUCAAGCAAUUUGUGGUCAAAUUCUGCAUAUGUUCCGAAUGAGAUUCGAAACCCCAUCCAUACCGUGAGCAUUGCCACGCCCAUCGGCCUAUUUAUCUGUCGGACGCUGUACCUUCUCGCAAACGUGGCGUACUAUGUAGCUGCUAAGCCGCAGGAGAUUACCAAUAGUAGAGUCACUGUUGCCUCGUUCUCCAUGGGCAAGGUAUUUGGAGAAUCUGCCAGACGUGCCCUGAGGUGA